AUGCCCAUAUGUAUCGAGUGUCGGUACCCCGUAAGCAGCCUGUACACUACAUACAGUAAGGCCGAUGAUCGUACAUUGGGAAAGGGUGUUCGUUUGACUCAGUGCCCGCGGUGCAAGCGUUUUGCAGACAAAUAUGUCGAGCAUGAUUUUGUUGUUCUAUUCAUCGAUCUGGUCUUGAUUAAGCCGCAGGUCUACAGACAUCUUUUGUUCAACCGCCUGGGUCGAGAAGAUGGUCGCUUCAAUCCCUCCAUAAUACGUUUGGGCGUCUUGCUCCUUCUGUUCGACGUUUACUUGACUUGGGCGCGUAUUGAAGAAGCUAUGCCCUCUUCUUCAGCCACAGAUGCUAUCUCCAUGCCAACCCCAUCAGAUCCAUUUGCUCAUCUCACGAGUAAUGCUACGGGGUCGAGCGACUCGAGUACAUCAGGUCUACUUCCUUCUUCUUACCUCCUUAGCGAGCAGCCUAUCAUCCUGCAAUACGUCUUCUUCCUUUUACUAUGCGCGCUGGAGACUAUCUCGUUUCACCUCCCGAUUCGCACUGUCUUAUCUCUGCGCUUACCUCGACCACUAUCUUACCUCAUACCUCACUACCCCCAUCCUGCUGUCAUAAGCACGGCACUGCUGGUGUCAAGCUUUACAAAGCUCUUUCCGCUGUUGUUGCUGAUCUGGAAGUAUGACCUACCGAGUAGCGCGAGUGCUGUCUCGUGGGCUGUCAUCAUCAACAAUGUUGCCGCCCUGGAGAUCUUGCUUGAGUGUGGAGUCAUCAGAGCUGUGAUACUGGCGGCAGUCGGUGCUGUGUGUCGAGCAGGUGUUGGAUGGGGUAUCCUGAGAGCUGCCGGUGUUGGAUCGGGUGUGGCAGCUGCUGGUGUCGUCGAAACGGGCGAUCUGAUUGAGUUGUGGAAACGACUCGCACUCCAUGUGGGUAUAGGGCAAUAA